CGCACUGUGCGUUUUUUAACACAAAAAAAGAAAAGAAAAGUAAAAGUUCAACGAGUGCGUGUGAGCAACUAGACAAGUAGCUAAUCCAGAUAAAACCUACGCAAACGAGCAAGCAACGAAAACAAACUACAAUGACGGCCAAUGGGGAGCCUGCUGCAAGCGAAGAGCAAGUGCAACAUGCGCCCAUGCCAAAUGGUCGCAGUGCCGUCAUAGAGACUCAGCCGAAGCGUCGCGUGAGCAUUAUAGCCGAUGGGCCCAGCGGUGGCGCCACUGGCAAUCUGAAUGUUGGCGGUGGCUACGAUAAUCCUGCCUUUGAGCAAAAUCCCAGACGCAAAAUAUCACAGACUUCUACGCAUUCGCAUAGCGAAAUUGGUCCUGCACGCCGACGUAGCAUAUUGAAGGACACUUCCUGUUAUAUUGACAACGAAAGUGAUCGCGGCUCCACGCACAGCUUUGAAAAUUACAGACACAACACAACGCUGGAGGCAAUCAAUGGCAAAUAUUCUGGACACCAGCAGCCGAAUGCGAGUUCACAUGACAGCGCCGGCACCAACUAUGUGGAACAGUCUUGGGUCUACAAUCUGUGCCUAAAGUGUCGUGGCGAUGAGCCUAGCGAAGCUUGGGAGCCAUCCUUCUGGCAAAAGAUAUUCCCCUAUCCGCUCUGCCCCACAUUCAGAACUUUUUCGCGUUUACUAACACUUAUCACAAUAGGCGUGCUUAUAUGGAUUGUGGCCUAUGUUAUAAUUGGACACGCAGCUGCUCCGGGUGGGCAGCUGUUCAGUCUGGUGGUGCUAACAGUGGCAGCCAAUUUUGGUGGCUAUCUAAUGAGCUUGACCACGCUGCCACGCCUCAUUGGCAUGCUAAUGGUUGGCAUUUUAUUUCAGAAUGUAGGCUGGGUGGAUCUCGAUGGAGAUUUUGCCAAAGUCACUGCGCAUUUGCGUAAAUUUGCUUUGACCAUCAUAUUGACACGAGCUGGUCUCGAAAUGGAGCCCGAGGCUUUCAAGAAGGUGUACAAGACUAUACUGAAGCUGGGCAUAGUGCCGUGGAUUGUGGAGGCAUCGGCCAUGGCCAUCAUGUCGCACUUUCUGCUUAGUUUGCCUUGGAUUUGGUCCUUUCUACUUGGCGCUAUAAUUGCAGCCAUUUCACCAGCUGUGGUGGUGCCCUGUCUGUUCAGACUGCGCAGCAAAGGCUAUGGCGUCACCAAGGGCAUACCCACGCUGGUGGUGGCGGUUGCCGGCGUGGACGAUGCGCUGUCUGUUGCCAUCUUUGGCAUCAUUAGCACCAUUAUGUUCUCGGACAAGGGUUUGGCCUUUCAGAUUGCUCAAGCGCCCGUUUGCAUAUUGGGCGGACUGGCGUUUGGCGUUGUCUGGGGCUCGUUGGCACGCAUCUUUCCCGAGAAGGGCGAUGCCUAUGUCGUGCCCUUGCGCACUUUGAUGCUCUUCACUGGCAAUCUGGUGGCCAUCUAUGGCAGUGAGGAGCUGGGCUUUGAAGGCGCCGGUCCACUGGGCGUUGUGUUUUCCUCCUUCAUUUCCAAUUUGUUCUGGUGCAAGGAUGGCUGGGAGGUGGAUGAGAAUCCAGUGAGCACUGCGUUUGAAAUCUUCUGGAUGAUCUUUGAGCCCAUACUCUUUGGCCUUACGGGCUCCACCAUCAAAAUCAAUGAGCUGGACUCGCACACCGUUUCCUUUGGUGUGGCCAGCAUCUUUGCUGGCGUCAUCAUACGCAUCUUAAUAACCGCCGGCAUUGCCUUUGGCGAUCGGCUCAACACCAAGGAGAAGUUCUUUGUGGGCCUGGCCUGGAUGUCCAAGGCUACAGUGCAAGCUGCGCUGGGUCCAGUGGCUGCCAAACAUCUCGGCGAUGAUGCCUCCGAGGAUGAACGCAAGUGGGCGCAAACAGUGCAAACUGUCUGUGUGCUUAGCAUUGUCUGCACUGCUCCCUUGGGUGCCAUUCUAAUAUCUCUGGCUGGUCCACGCAUGUUAACCAAGACGAAGCAGCCACAGAUUCUGACUGGCUGGCGCCGCAGUCAUCGUCCUUCCAUACGCGACAUUAGCAUCAUCGAUGAGGAGGAGGAGCGCGAGGAUCCCGAGGUGCCUGCGGAUAAGGAAACAUUAGAUAAUACACAAAGCAAUGCGCAUUUACCUGCGCUGGCGUUUAGCGCUAAUAAAUAAUUAACGCUCUCCCCCCCUUAACAUUGUCUACAGUUUAGUUGUUGGCUUGUGCGAUCUUAUGUUGAUUAUAUUUAUACUAUAUAUUGUAUUAUAGUUUAGUAGUGCCUUUCCAAAUAAUAAAAGUUU